CGUGUAGUGUUCAAGCACGUGGUUGAUGACAACAAGUCAAUAUGGAGGCAGAAAAAGGCGUACUACUGCAAAGAAAGUGAAGAGUGCAUUUUGUGCAAUGUGUAGUGCAUGACCAGACAGCACCGUUUACGUCCCUCUUGAUUUAAAAAUACACCUUAAGUGCUUUGGCUGCAUUGACUGGUAAGUCAUGGUCAAAGCUGCGGGGAAUUUCCGGAAGAAGAGCAACUCGAAUUAAACUUUUUUACUUCCUGCUCAAGAUCUUUAGCGUGGUUGUUAGUUAAGUCAGACUGAAUUCAGCAUCACGAUCAAUGCACGCCAGACCGGCUCAGUGAGGGGUCUUGAAUCAGUCUGAGUUCAGCUUCAGAGGGGUCAGGUUCACUGGGAUUGGUUGAGUUUUCCCGUCACAAUGCUGCUGUCUCUGGUCGUGCACUCGUACUCGUUGCGCUACUGGCUUCCAGCAGCUGUCAUGCUGGGCACCGCGCCCGUUUACCUGCUAUCCUGGAGCGCCUGCCGCCUGCUGUCCGCUGUGCUGCCGGCCAGACUCUAUCACACUGUGGAUGACCGUGUGUACUCGGUGUAUCAGAGUAUGGUCCUGUUCUUCUUCGAGAAUUACACGGGCGUGGAGAUUGUCAUUUAUGGGGACAUUCCAAAGAAGAAGGAGAACGUGGUGUACCUGUCUAACCAUCAGUCAACCGCUGAUUGGAUCGUCGCUGACAUGUUAGCCAUCCGUCAAAAUGCACUUGGACAUGUAAGGUACGUCCUGAAGGAUGGGCUGAAGUGGCUUCCACUGUACGGAUGGUAUUUCGCACAGCAUGGAGGAGUUUAUGUGAAGAGAAGUGCCAAAUUUGAUGAGAAAGCCAUGAGGAAGAAACUUUUAUCUCAGGCUGAACUGGGCACACCUAUGUAUCUUGUCAUCUUCCCAGAGGGAACCCGCUACAACCCAGAGCUCAAGAAAGUGAUCGAGGACAGUCAGGCUUUUGCAACUAAAGAAGGACUUGCAGUGCUGAAGCACAGUCUAACGCCAAGAAUGAAAGCAUCACACAUUGCCAUAGAGACUAUGAAGGAUCACCUGGAUGCUGUCUAUGACAUCACAGUUGCAUACGAGGGAACUCUCACAGCAGAUGGCCAAAGACGUUCAGCUCCUACAAUGCCAGAGUUCCUGUGUAAGGAAUGCCCGAAGGUACACAUCUACUUCCAGCGUGUGGAUAUGAGGGAAAUUCCUCAAGAGCCUGUGUUCUUCCGCAGGUGGCUUCACGAACGAUUCGAAAUCAAGGACAAGCUUCUGAAAACUUUUUACGAGGCGGAAGACCCUGAGAAAAAGUGCAGGUUCCCUGGAGAAGGUCGAAGGUCAUCUCUUAGUCUCACAAAGACAUUACCUUCACUACUGAUUUUAGGUGGCCUUACAUUACCCAUGCUGUUAACAGAGUCCGGCAGAAAGCUCUAUCUCAAUACCUGGCUCUAUGGGACUCUGAUUGGAUGGGUGUGGGUGCACUUAAGUCCAUAAUCCAGCCAUACGGGGAAAAGAGAGGUCCAUCCUGACUGCUCAUAUCAGCACUGAGAGACUUUAUAGGUUUUGUCGUUGGAUCAGACUCUUGUUUUUCAACAGUUUCCAUCUUUUGGCUCAUAGUGUAUUACUAACAAAAGGCUUCCGGACUAUCUGUCCUUAUCAUUUGAGUUUCACUUCUAACUAUUUUUUUGUCACAUCUGGUUGGACAAAGAUAUACAAAACAUAGAGGGAACAUUUUAGAAAGGUUUUGUAUUAAGACCAGGAAAAUGCAUUAGCGGUCUCAAACAUUUAUUCAGUGUAUCAAGUGUGUCAAUUUCCAUGUGUACGUGAUUAAGGUUGAUGAUGACUUGUGAGGUUUUGAAAACUGAUGAUUGAUGAAUGAUUUCUGAUGAACGAUUUGUUUUUAGGGUCUGUUUGUAUCCUUUUCUAAUGUUCUUGAGAAUGUUUGGGAGUAUUUGGAGUGCAUGUUAUGAUGCUGAUUUUUGUUGGUUAUGCAUGGGGGUUUCAGGUUAAUUAUUUUUUUGUAUUAUUUGAUUUGAUGCCAAGAUCUAAAAGGUCCAUCAGCUAUGGGAGUUUUAUUGUGAGAGUUUGCACUAUUGCGAAAUUCACAGAUUGUUGUCAAAUUUGCAGGGUUUUUAUUUAAGGCCCGGGUGUACUUCGAUACAUUCUCGUCUGACCACGAAUUAAUGCAAACUUUUCGGCGCAAGCGCACUACAACUGCUUUCUGAUACUCAUUUAUUAGAGUCAACAGCAGGUGCAUGCAGUGAAAAUGUGCACAGACUAGUCUAUCCUGGAAAAAUGUAAUCAGGGCCAUGCACGGACUGUGCUGAUAACGAAAUUUUCAUCACGCAUAUUGUGCGCGUUCCCGAGCAACAUGGACAACCGAAGUACACUUUGGCCUUUACUCUCCCGCAUGUUGUUCGUAAACUAUCUGAGGUUACUUUUUCAUUAGAGCACGAAAUUUAAAGAAAAUUUACACAGCUCUUGUGCAUAUACCGAGAGUUAAUUUUGACCACAGCUGUAAAGCUCCAAGAAGAACAAAAAAGCACCAUAAAAUUAGUCCAAACUACGUCGUUCCAAGGAGAAAAAACUAUAAUACAGCAUAUGAGUAUGGAAAGACAUGGGGGUGAGUAAAUAUGACAGAAUUUUGACUUUGGGGUAGGGCUGCAACUGACGAUUAUUUUGAUAAUCGGUUAAUCUAACAAUUAUUAGAACCAUUAUUCGACUAUUCGACAAGUAUUGCAAUGAUUAAUCAUUAGCUCUUAACCGAUUAUUCAGCUUGAGCCCCGACUUAAAAUGUUGUAUUAAACGUGCUUACUAACAAUAAAGAGGACAAAAUAAUCUUUUAAAAAUACCUCUAAAUGACAUUCUCUGAAUUAAUGGGAAAAUAUGCUUUUUAUUAAGUUUAAUUCAGUAAAAAUUCCUAUUGUUAUCAAGUGUUUUUGUCUUGUUUUCAUUUAAAAUCUUCUAAAACUCCAUAAAACAAGACACAUUUACUUGAGAAGCAACAUAUAAGUUAUUUUGCUUUAAGAGAAUGUAUCUUAAAUAUAAGUGUAUUUUGUAUAUAGUGUAUUUUUUCAAUUGGUUAUACUUCUGCGAGUGCAGUAAAGACAAAUUAUUCUUCUAUUCAAGAUCUAUCCUCUAAAAGCAAGUCUAAAUAUCUUAUAUGCUGCUUCUCAGGUGAAUGCGUCUUUUUUAAAGGAUUUUUAGAUAUUUUAAAAGAUUUUUAUUUUUAAUCUUAUAUUCAACAUUCACAGAUAACAAUUUUUUCUUCUGCAGUAUAGCUGCUAAAGUAAAUGUACAUUGUUUUAAAGGAGUUUUACAUAUUUAUAUUGGAAAACAAAAAGAAAUCAAGAACAUAUUUUGUUUCAGUGUAUAAUGGGGCGAAGACUACCUCCCUCACCUUUCUGUUCACUUCAAUCUAUCUUUAACUCACAAAAAAAAACUGUCUCUUAUUAAUGAAGCUGUGUUUUGCCAAUUUCCUUCAUGAUAUGAAAUGCACAAUGACACUCAUAUUAUGAUUCAGUAAAUUGCGAGCCAUCAUGUUAUAAUCCAGCUGCAGCAGCCGGGUGCAGUUUCAAUCUCUCCCCCUUAGAUCGUGACAUUCAAGCAGCUCAUAGAAGAGGCGCUGACUUCACAGAGAAAUGCCAGUUUUGGAGUUUCAAUUGUUUACAAGAUCUGCAUCCAUAUUAUUUUAACUUUAUUAAAGCUAUAACACAUUAAAUAUAGCUGCAUUUAAGAUGUAACGCCCCGUUGUUUAUGUUUCCUUUUAAAGACGCUCGACACGCAAGUUUUGCUUCAGCUCCACUUAUUCCACAACGAGAGUGCUUCUGUAUUUACUUAUUUUGUAUUUUUGCAUUAUAAUAAUUCAGUCAUUCUUUGUGAUCUACAUUACCUGAAGCUGUUUGGAAAGUUUAGAGUGCAUCUGGACUGUGUGAUGUGUAAUUCUUCCUUUCCUCUGAACUGCAGUGCUGCUCUCGAGCAUCAUCAUUAGAGUUUAAAGUGAUCUCAUGUUACGUUAAAUGACAUCAAAUGACAAUUCGACAACAAAACAUAUUAUUGACAUGGUCGAUAACGUCGACUAAUCAUUUCAACCCUACUUUGGGGUGAACUAUUCCUUCAAAUAUCCUGAAUAAUGAAAUUACUUCAAUGAAAAUCAUUAUUUAAAUGCUAUUAGUAUCAACUUGCAUGAUAAGAGGAGAAAUCUGAGAAAUCUUUGUCGUGGAUUGUCAUGGUUUUGUUGCAGACUUAAAACAUUUAUUAUUAUUUUUUAGAUCUAUAUAUAUAUAUAUAUAUAUAUAUAUAUAUAUAUAUAUAUAUCUCAACUGAAAAUCAAUGAUUCGAGUUUUACUAUUUGACUAGCCAAAAAACUAAAUAGGAUUGAGUGACGCUGGAGCAUUCUUUUGGAAUUGCUUGGCAUACCCAGAGCUUCAACAGGGCGCCCUGUACUGCAGGCCUGUGGUGCAGCAUAUGCAAAUGUUUUAUGUUUAUGUAAAGCUCAUAUGUUCAUGAUGUUUUUUUACCCCAUUCAAAUCUUCAACGUUUCAUAGACUGUUCUGAAGUUCUUCUAAAAAUAUGGUCUCCCACAUAAAAAAGAUUUGUAGGCUCGCAGUCGAUUAUAAUUACCCAUAGUUUACAUUGUGUCAUCUUCAAAGUCCAUGAUCUAAAAAUAUUGUGAUGGGAAUGGUAUUUCAACAUUUUCAAAGUAUGGGAAGCUCAAAUGAAUAAAUAGGACAAAUGCCUUUUAGUAUUGAGAUAUUAUAAGAGUUUAUGCCUUAAAAUGAUGCUUAAAGUUUAACCCUUAAAUAGUAUAUAGCACUUUUCAAUUUAACAAAUAAAUAAAAAAUGGCACACUUUCCCCCCAUAUUAAAUUUAAGCUUUUGCCAAAACUAACCUUUUUAUGUCUUCUUUGAGUUGAAGCACAGAUUGCACAAUAUAGUUCAUUUGUUUUCUCUCUCCAUGUUUUCAGUUGAGGGUUAUUAAUCAUCUAGUCCUUGUCCUGUUUUGUUUUUCUUUGUCAUAACCCUUUUCCAAAAGUAUGCAAUGUAAUAGAUGUAACCAAUAUGGUGUUUUUACAUUUUAAAAUGCUACCUCCUCGUGUUAAUUCACAUCUAAGCUGUGUGUUGUGCCAUAAAUGUGUUAUUUGGGGGUUGAAAUGUGCUUCAUAUUUCUGUGGAUUGUCAAAGAUUUGUUUCAGACAGUGGAGAGAGCUGUUUGAAAAUGGAAACAUUGUGACGUUUCAUCAACAGUCAUGUUUGGGCUUUCACAUUAACAAUGAUGGCUGUGUGUCUAGUUUUCUCAUUUCCUCAUUAAAAAAACCAACAGAACAAUUAAAGCGCUUUAUUUUCAGUCUCUAUUUCACUCCCUCAUUUUUGAAUGUUGUUUUUCCACCAAUAUGACUCUUUUGUUGAAGUUGUUUUUUGCUCUUAAGUUGAAAUAUCAUUCAUACUUGACAUUAACUUCUGUUUGACUGAAUUGCUACUACAUUUUAUCACAUAUCACAAGAGCAUCAUUUAGGUGAAAAUGGAAAAAGGUGUUUACAGCUGGAUUUUUAUAAUGUUAAUAUUCAGAAAAAAUUGUCAAAGAUUUCCCUACGAAGAUGAUGUGCAUAUUUUUGGUAUUUUGUCAAAUGAAUGGCACAAACCUUAAAUAUUAGUGUAAAUGUUUAUUCUGAAUUCACAAUCAUGCUGUAAAUGGCAUGUCAAAUGAGCAAUUCCAUCAAAUUCGACUGGAAUUUUGGUAUCACCCAUUUACAUUGGGUUGGGCUUCCCUUUCGUGCUAGAAAUCUCUCAACUAUGAGAAAUACUUCAACUGAUUUCCAAAUCUGGCGCUGCAUUGACGUGUAUUCUUUAAAGACGUGUUCAUGCAGUGUUGGUUAAAUAGCCACAUUAGACCUGACAUAAGUCUGGCAAUUCUCAGCACUGAAUUAAAUCUCUAUUGACACUUGCUCAAUCAUUAUUUGUUCUCUUUCACAAUAAAGUUGCUUUUUUAUAUAACAUGUUUUCUGAAUAAUGUUGUUUGUAAUGUUUGUUGUUUCUGAAUAAUGUUGCUGCUUCAGGUAUUGCUCAAAAUUGCCAUUUUAGUUUAGUAUUUUGAAAAACUAAAUAUUUUAAGGCUGACAUGCAUGAUGGGUAAUUUACUCAAAAAGGUAAUCCACUACAAAUUACUUAUUAGUAAUGUAAAAUUGUUAUCAGAUUAUUUUUAUGAUUAUUUAAUUGGCAAAGUAAUCAGAUUACUCAUUACCUUUGAGUUCCUUUUUCACAAAUGUUUUUUCCACACUCUAUGAAUUCAUAAUUGUCUAUAUUCCAUGUUCAUUGCCGCACACCCUUCAGCUGUCACAUAAAUGCAAACAGACGUACAUAUGAAAAUAUUUUUAAUGUAUUAUACAGUGUAUAAGAAGACCCAGGACUAGGUGGAGAGAUUACAUCUCCACACUGGCCUGGGGUCCCCCAGUCAGAGCUGGGUAAUGUGGCUCGGGAUAGGGUAGUUCGGGGUCACCUGCUGGAGCUGCUGCCCCCGCGACCCGACAUCGGAUAAGCGGUUGAAGAUGGAUGGAUGGAUGGAUAUACAUAAUGUUUAAGAAAUGUGUAACCCAAUACUUAGAGCACAACAGUCUGGUUCUGAAAUUGAAAAUCCCAUAAUUUUUCCAUUGAUGAAUCGAUUUUUUUAACAAUAAUUAAACCUUUAAAACAGACCUACCUUGACCUCCAGGGUCGUCCAUCAAUGGUAUAUGCUUCUGUUGAAGCCAUCCAUCUCCACUAUGUCAACUUCAUUGUUUAAAGAGUGUGUUUGUUAGUGAAAUUCAUGGUUAACAACUACAUUACCCAUGAUCCAGCAGAGAAGGAUCCACCAAUCAGAGAACCGCAUCCAAAGAAGCCCGUGAAACAUGCCUCAGAGCAACUACCCAUGAUGCACUGUGAGUGAUGUGAUCAAGACGGUGUCUCUUUACCCUUAAACUACUUAUAGUAUCUAUUUGUGUAAAUUAGAAUAUUUUGCGAUAAACGUACAAUAUAUUGUUUCUAUACUUAUGAUAAACAACUUAAAAUCAAUAGUUUUAUAUAUUCCCAUCUUUUUUCAAAUGUCUAUAGAUAUAGUCAUUUACGUGUCACACUCUGGGGGCGUGGUUUAGCGUGGGGAAAAUCAAUUCCCCAUUACUCAUUCAUUACUAUGAGAAAAACAGUGAGAAAUAUCCAAUAACUUUGCUACUUUAACAACGAAAAAUAUGAUGAAAAGGUGUAUUUUUUUAUAGUUUAUUUUUGCAGUUCAGUCAAAGCCAAAAUAAAUUUCAAAUUGUUUAUCGCCUUUCAACAAACAUAUAGAAGCCUAAAAAAGAGUGCUGCAGUCAACCAUCUAGAUACGUGAUUUAGUGUGUUUGAGAAAUAUCCGAGCAGAUUCAUGACUAAAUCUGUCAUUGUUUUAUUAACUGCAGUUCCAUCAGAGACAUAAGGGAUAAUGUACAGUCAGCUGGUUGUUCUUGCACAAUAAACCCUGUCAGUGUGAUCAAGGCCCUGGCCCCUGAUAGAGAUCGCACAGUGAGCCGAGAAGCAGGAGAGACGGCUCGCAGAACACGGGUGAGCGGUCUGAUGUGCGGUUGUUACAGAGCAAUAUCUGACCACUGGAUGGUGUCAUUGACCAAUCAGAAUCAAGCAUUCCAGAGAGCCGUGUAAUAAUAAUAAUAAGUUAACACCAGAGAACAAGACAAGAUACCUGAGAAAGCUUGGCAUGAUUGGAGUGAAGUGAUGCUUAUUAUGGUUUUCAUGCUUUAAUGAAUGAAACUUCUCUGGGGAUAUUGUGCUUACCGUUCAGUUAGUACAAAGUGUUUAAUUUUUAAGGUAAAUUUGCUGUAAAAUGUUCAGGUACACAGUACUUAGUAUGAAUGUAUACUCGUCUCUAUUAGCACUGUAUUUACUACCACACAAAGUACUUACUAAGAAGAAAUAAUAAUGAAAACUACUUAUGAUUGUAGGCUUAAUCGUUGUUAUUUGGCAUGUAACUGCUUACAUGUUAUUACUUGUUUACUUUUAUUUCAUCUGCAUCAUUAUUGAAUCCCCCUUCUUUGUGUCUUUGUUUAUCGUUUUUUUGUGUGUCAACUAUUGUAACACUACCCAACUUUAUUCCUUCCCUGCAUUGUCUGCUGUGACUGUUAAUUGUAACAGGUUUUACAUCUUAAAUUUGGGCUAUUUUAUGUGUACAAUCAUUUCAAAAUAUCAUUAUUGUGUGGAAAUCUAUCAGAUAUUUCUCCCCGUUUUUCUAAUAGGCGUGAAUGAGUAACUAUGGUAACAGGGCUUCGUUUUCCCUCGUGAGUGGGCGAGGCCUCCUUGCCUACUGGAUUGUGCGUCAUCAUGACGCUACUUCCUUGUUAUGAACGUCAGACUACUUUUAUCAAUACAGUCCGCUUACAGUUAACAAGUUUUGCUCGCUCGUCUCCACCUAUUUAAUCAUACAGUCUUGCAGUUCACCAGCGAUAUUUGUUUUCUAGCUCAUAAUGGCAGUGGACUUGCUGGGUUUUGCAUAUGCUGCGGCUAUCGCGCUGGGAGGUUUUAUGGGAUAUAAAAGAAGAGGUAUGAAUUUAUUGUGCUAUUGCUUUAUAUACUUUUUAUGUAAUGUGUGAAGCUGAAAUAAUUGUGUAUAAUCUUUCUCAUGUGCUCUAUUUGUUUGUCAGUGAGAUAUUCCUGGUUCUAAUGGACUAUUCGGCACCUUGCACAUUUAUCACUAAAAAGUACCAUGUUGUUACAUAAUUAAAUUUUUUGUUAUAGCGUUUUUGAUUUGGACAUAUAUCAUUGUUUUAUUAUCAUUAUAAUUCUUUUAAGUACUUUGGUGUACAAGAAUACAUGAAUAUGGCAAUCACACACAGUACCAUGGAAAAGAUAAAAGUGUCAUAAUAAAGCCAUCUGAUACCAUAACUACUUUUAUUUGUAAGGUAUUAGAAGUGGCAUUUAAUAUUGAUAUAAUCUUAAUUCCACAGGAAGUGUGAUGUCAUUAAUAGCAGGACUCUUCUUUGGAAGUGUGUCUGCGUAUGGUGCAUUUAAAAUAUCUAUUGAUCCACAUGAUUACUGGACAUCUUUGAUUGCUUCUGGUGUGCUGGCUGUUGUGAUGGGAAUGAGAUUUAGGAAA